AUGGACCCUGCUAGCACCCACCACGAUGUAAAUCCGACAGCUCCACCGGCCAAAAAGCGAAAGCCUCGCCCUAAGCUGUCAUGCGUCCCGUGUCGCCAGAAAAAACUGAAGUGCAACCGUCUGCAUCCUUGCGACAGCUGCAUCAAACAUUGUCGGUCCUACAUGUGUCAGUACGUGGGGCCGAUGUCGAGAAAGGAGACGCAGGGCAUCCAGAGUCAUAUCCAUAGUCUCGAAGCUGGCAUUCGCCAACUAUCAGCCGUCGAUGUCCCGUCGGUCACCAGCAACCCGGCUGUUCUGCCACAGCAGUCACAGUCGAUGCUCGCAGACGAGCAGGCAGAAGAUCCAUUGGCACUCCAGAGCAAUUACCCCGGUACCAUGCUGAUCAGUCACGAGCAUGGCACGAGCUAUCGCGACCCCACCCACUGGCAGGCGGUGUUGGACGAAGUAGAUCGAUCCUGUCUUGCCCCAGUCUCCGACUAA